AUGGUUGUUGUAAAUACAAGUGGAAGUGCUCUGUAUCAAUACCUAGCAUGUUAUUCUGCUAUACUGGCAAUUGUAUCCAGCGGCUUUCAUUACGGUUGGCCAUCACCAACAUUACCAAAACUUCUAGCCGAGGACUCCCUAAUUCCCAUAACCGAAGAUGAAGGAUUUUGGCUUGCCACUAUGCCUUUAUUCGGUGCUUUUGUUGGUUCGCUUACAAAUCCGUUGAUAGUGGACAGAAUAGGAAGACACAAAACGAUAUUAUUAACAUCAGGGCCGUAUCUAAUGGCGUGGAUUAUGAUCUAUUUUGCAAGAAACGUUCCUAUGAUGUAUAUUGCGAGAUUCAUCGCUGGAAUAUCAGAUGGUUGGAGCUUCUCUUCCGUUCCAAUGUACACUGGAGAGGUAUCAGAUGCAAAUAAAAGAGGCAUGUUUGCCUCGUGGAGCAGUAUUUCAUUUAUUUUUGGAAUUUUAGCUGUAACUUUGUUGGAUCCUAUUGAGUAUACAACACACUGCAAUAGUAGGCGGCGCCAUACUGUAUUAUUGAUUUUAACGUUCAUGUGGAUGCCUGAGUCUCCUUAUUAUUACAUCGUCAAGAACAAUUUAGAAGGUGCUAAGAAAAGCCUUAAAAUUUUUAAGAGGAUCAAAUGACGUGGAUACGGAAUUGAACAGAAUCGACAAAGCAGUCAAGCUGACCUUACAAAAACCCGCACAAAUCCCCUACAUCUAUUCACCCUAAAAAGAAAAUCGAAAGCUGUACUCAUAAUGUUGUUAUGCCGAGGAACACAACAGUUUUCUGGUAACUCAGCGAUAUCGUUUCUACGCUCAGAACAUAUUUAACUCAGCCGGUAACUUCAUGUCUGCUGAGCUGGCUUCCAAUCUGUUUUUUCCUAACUCAGUUAAUAGUUACAAUAUUGGCGUCGACCAUCGUCGACAAAGUUGGAAGAAGGCCUUUAAUAUUGAUAUCUGUAUCUGGAGUAGGAAUCACUUUAAUGAUAGAAGGAAUAUAUUUUUAUUUAAAAACCUUAAUAGAUGUUAGCAGUUUUGCGAUGGUACCGUAAUAGCGCUCUUAGUAUAUGUUAUCUUUUUCAGUAUCGGUUCUUCAAGGCGUUCCAAUUAUCAUUUUAAGUGAAGUUAUUUAACGCUGAUAUUAAAUCAGUUGCACUGGGAUUCGCAGACAUUUAUUUUGCUAUUCAUUGCCACCCUUACGUCAAAGUUCUUUCAACUUACCAGAGAUCACUACGGUAUGUUUGUCCCGUUUAUUUCCUUCUCUACAAUUUGUGCCAUUGCGGUUGUUUUGAUGUUCUUUAUGGUUCCUGAGACGAAAGGCAAGACCUUGGAGGAGAUUCAGGAUUAUUUUAAAGGAGUCAAACAUUCCAAAUCAACAAGUGAAAUCUAGUAAUGCUUGA